CGUCUUCUACCACGGCCGUCGAAUGUUCGCAUACAAAUCGGGAACUGUCCUGCAACAGCUCGGGUGCAAAAUGAUGACGGCUCCGUGGCUCUCUGCCAAUGUGAUCGUCAUGACACCCACUCGCUGCUGUCGUUCGCCAUUCCCCAUCUUUUAAAAAGUGCCAAAUCAUUGGAGUUAGAAGACGAACUUUUACGUGAUCGGAUCAGAGACAGCCACUUCCACGAGCUGGUUACACGUUCGGCUUCUGCACCUCUGACCAGGCUCGCUCUAUCCAACUGCGACCUAGGCGGCGUGAAACCGUGGACACUGGCGCAAUUGGCACAGUUUACGGAGCUUCAGGAGCUCAUCUUUGACGCAUGCACCUUUUCUGUGUCGGAGAGUCAACUUAUUCGUGGAAUGGCACCGUCAUUCAGUACUCUUUCAAGGCUCGAAAUAAAUGAUAGUCACCAGGUCAGUUAUUUUUCCGUUCGUUUCUGCGUUGUGACUGAAAGUAUGCCCAUUGUAGGGAUAAAAAUUGUGCCGUUCUUUCAUUCAGUUGCUCAAGCUCCUUAA